AUGAUAACAAAAAAUUCCAUAAUCAAAGAGAUCAAGCUGUUGCGCCACCGGCACUGGUCGGCGUGGCCAAUUAUCUGGCCAUUCGUACCUCUCUAUGCCGUGAUAUUCACGUUGCAUCUCAACCCGGAGAUUGCGUGGGACCGUACGACAUACCUUGUGCACGGGACGUACAUCAACUUCUUUCAUGCUGUUUGUAUACCUAUCGUAAUAUUUUUUCACGGGCUGCUCUCACUAUUUACGAUAUGGUCUGUGCGGUUCCGAUCACUUGUUCAGUUCCACUGUGUACCCCCAAAGGAGGUCGAUACUGCCACGCAUGUUUACGUUUGUACAAAGGAAUUCAAGGGUGAGUCAGAGAUUGUGCCUUUGGUUCAUGCAUCGAGUGAUCACCCGUGUUGCUUUGUGUUUCAGCAACGCAAAUGGAAAUUGGAUGCGGUAACGGAGCAAUUUGUGAAGCCUCGGUUUCCAACAAAGGACAAUCUCUCCAUGUAUUUCGCAUGGGAGGGACUUGCUACAACCGCUGACCGCAGUAAGCAACUUGACAUGUUUGGGCGAAACGAGACAGAGGUGGUAAUACCUGACUUCCAAACACUUUUGGUGGACCACGCGCUGGCACCGUUUUUUGUGUUUCAAAUGUUUUGUGUUCUUCUUUGGUGUCUGGAUCAGUACUGGUACUAUUCCCUCUUCACCGCUGUGAUGCUGGUGGCUAUGGAAUGCACCAUUGUCAUGCAACGGAUCAGAAAUAUGAAAACAUUGCGCAGCAUGGCCGAAGUGCCUGUUCGCCAGGUGACGGUACUGCGUGCAGGGAGGGAAGUGAGUGUAAAAACAACAGAGCUUCUACCAAUGGAUUUGAUGGUAGUUGAUAAUAACGCACCUUGUCCUGCUGAUGUUAUUUUGGUCCGCGGCACAUGCAUUGUGAAUGAGGCAAUGCUUACGGGUGAGUCGACACCGCAGUUGAAAGAGGCAAUUGACGCUGCGAAUCUUCCACUGGAGAUGAAGAAGCAUGCGCGUCAUCUUCUUUACUCAGGCACACAGCUACUGCUCAGUAACGGUCCGCACGGCCAGAGCGACACAGAACGCGGAAGAGCUUUGGCUGUUGUACUCAAGACGGGAUUCGAAACUAAACAGGGAAAGCUUCUGCGCACCAUACUUCACAGCCAGGAACGGGCCAGUGAAAACAAUGGGGAGGCUUUUGGUUUCAUCGGACUGCUUCUUGUCUUUGCGUUGAUGGCUUCUGGCUACCUCCUCAAGCGUGGACUCGAAGACCCCAAUCGCGAUCGGUGGAAGCUUUUUCUUGCGUGCAUUCAAAUUAUCACCGCUGUCGUACCACCUGAGCUUCCUAUGGAACUUACACUGGCUGUCAACACUGCCCUACUUGGUCUUGUCAAACAAAACGUAUUCUGUACUGAACCAUUCCGCAUUCCAUAUGCUGGCAAAGUGGACACAUGUUGCUUUGACAAGACUGGGACUCUCACCACAGAUGAAAUGCUCUUUAGUGGUGUUGACAUGGCAGAUGGCAAAGGUCUUUUGAAUACACUCAAAACAGUUCCACCCAAAGCCGAAUUAGUACUAGUCACAUGCCACUCUCUACUUCAACUUGAGGGCACGGACACAGUCGCUGGUGAUGCUAUGGAAAAGGCGUCCCUCGGAGCCCUUGGCUACAGGGUAAACAUUGAUGACACUGUGGUGUACGACCCACCGGCUCAAAAGGAGGACGUCAAAGGGAAAAGUACCACCGGUAGUAGUAAGAAUGAAACCUCUGGCUCAAGCAAGUCCCAAAAUCGAAAAAAUAACAGCGGUUUCGAAAAACAAUACAAAAUACUUGUAAGGUUUCCGUUCCUGGCUAACCUGAGGCGUAUGCCAUGUAUUGUAAGUGCUCCGGACGGAAAGUAUGUUGUGGCUAAGGGUUCGCCGGAAGCCAUUGCUCAACUGUGUGAAAGUAUACCUCCGGACUUUCAUUCUGUAGCUAAUGCACACGCCAUUAAGGGCUAUCGCGUUAUCGCACUUGCGUAUCGUCCCCUUAAGGAGGAAGAGCGGUCAAAGGAAGCCAUUCACAACAUGGACCGAGAGGAUUGUGAGAAGAAUUUGAUAUUUGCUGGACUUGCUGUUUUUCAGUGUCCACUCAAGAAAGAUGCCAAAGACACUAUUGAAAUGCUUCAGAGUGGAAGUCACCGUUGUGUUAUUAUUACGGGCGACAGCGUACAAACGGCUAUAUCGGUGGGACGGGACGUAACAAUACUAAAGUGUCGCCAACAACUUGUUGCCAGCAGUAUGAAAAAAAAGGGCAAUGGAGAGGACGAAGUCGAUGAUUGUAUUGUAUGGACCGAUGCGGCUACAGGGAAAGAGGUAAACCUUGAUCGUCGCAGCAUCCUUGCGAAAACAUUUGUACAAACAAGGCGGCACAAAGUUCCUUCGGAUGAUGAGUGGGAUCUCUGCGUAAAUGCGGAGUCAAUACCGACUACGACUUUGGCUACCCUCAUUGCACAAUACAGCGAACACAUAGCAGUGUGGGCCCGUUGCGCACCCACGCAUAAGGAAGAUAUUGUUACUGAUCUUAAGCAAAAGGAACACAUGGUGCUUAUGGCGGGUGAUGGUACAAAUGAUGUUGGCGCCCUCAAGCAGGCGCAUGCGGGCAUAGCCGUUCUCAACGCCACGUCGAUGGACGCGUCCCAAAACGUUGGAGGCAGCGGAGAGCAUAACUCUAACGAGCCACACAAUGAACCUGAUGUCCCCAAAGAUCAUAAAAUUCCCCCAGGUUUUAAGUUGACGGUCGUUCCUCCGGCUCCAUCGGCUGAUGCACCGUUCAUGGAGCAGGUAAGGCAUAAAAUGGCCCAAGCCCGUCGCAGGGCGGAAAUUGUUCAGAUCGCUCGCUGGAACAAACAACUGGAGGAGAGCAAAAAGUCGAGGAAAACGGCAGAGGCAGGAAAGGUUGCUUCCCAACCUGAGAUGAAUGCUCCCGCUUCUGACUUUCUUAUGGAGUCCAUUUUUAACGCUGACGAUGCGGAUAUGGGUGGAGCACCGCAAGUUAAGUUGGGUGAUGCUUCCAUAGCCGCUCCCUUCACGUGUCGCUCCAGGGCGCUGACAUCCGUUUGCGAUAUUGUCCGCCUCGGUCGUAGCACACUCGUAACAACGCUGCAAAUGUACAAGAUUCUCGCUCUUAACUGUCUCACUUCUGCGUAUUCGAUGUCCGUGCUGCAAAUGGAUGGUGUGAAGCACGGUGAAAGUCAAAUGAUUCUGUCAGGUAUUAUUCUCACAGUUUGCUUCCUGUGCAUGUCGAAAAGUCAACCAAUGCCCACACUCUGUCCUCAGAGACCGAUCACGAAGGUGUUCCACCCUUACAUGAUGUGCACCAUUUUUAUGCAGUUUGGCUUGCACUUAUAUAGCAUGGUGGAAACCGUGCGGUUGGUGGAGGAGGCAGAUGCGGAGGGCGUGGCAACGAUGAGGCAAGCGGGUGCUGAAGGGGAGUUCAAGCCAACUUUACUGAAUUCGGCAAUGUUCUUACUCACCACACUUAUUGGUGGUGUCACAUUUGCUGUUAAUUACAGGGGCGAGCCUUUCAUGCAGAGUAUCAGAAAGAAUAGACCAAUGUUCUACUCGUUGGUCGUAUUGGCUCUUGCUGUCUUUUACUUCGCCUCAGAAAUGGAUCCUACCUUAAAUCAAUCGUUCGAGAUUGUAGCUUUCCCCUCUAAGGAAUUUCGCGAACGCUUUCUUCAAAUCCUUCUGAUGGAUGCUCUCGGCUGCUUUGUUAUCGAAGGAUUGAGUCUGAAACUUCUGACGGAGUAUGAUUGA